AGUCACACAGCCGGUCGAUUGAGAAACCGGAUCAGUCUACAAGUUGACGUUAGAAAGUGUGACAGUGGAAAGCGCAACUUUAUUUUCCUCUUGAACAAGCAACAUGGGUGAACCUAAGGGAGACAUCGCUUUGAUUGGAUUGGCCGUGAUGGGACAGAAUAUCAUCCUUAACAUGAAUGACCACGGCUUUACGGUGGUGGCCUUCAACCGAACUGUCUCCAAGGUCGAUGACUUCAUGAAAAACGAGGCCAAGGGAACAAACAUCAUAGGGGCUAAGUCUAUGGAGGAAAUGGUCAAGCUGCUCAAAAAGCCGAGACGUGUCAUGUUAUUGGUCAAGGCUGGAGCUGCUGUUGAUGCCUUCAUCGACAAACUGGUGCCUUUAUUAGAGAAGGGAGACAUCAUCAUCGACGGAGGGAACUCCGAAUACACCGACACAAAUAGGAGAUGUAAAUCUCUGGCAGAGAAAGGUCUAUUGUUUGUGGGGAGUGGAGUCAGUGGGGGCGAGGACGGAGCCAGGUACGGACCCUCUCUUAUGCCUGGUGGGGCAGCUGAAGCCUGGCCACAUAUCAAGAACAUUUUCCAGUCCAUAUCUGCCAAGUCUGGAAAUGAGCCUUGCUGUGACUGGGUGGGAAGUGACGGUGCUGGACACUUUGUGAAAAUGGUCCACAACGGUAUUGAGUACGGAGACAUGCAGCUCAUCUGUGAGGCUUACAACGUAAUGAAGGAUGGACUCGGCAUGGGCCAACUAGAGAUGGCCGACGUUUUCGAGAAAUGGAAUAAAGAGGAACUGGAUUCUUUCCUCAUUGAAAUCACACGGGAUAUCCUCAAGUUCAAGAACAAGGACGGCAGUUUUCUGUUGGAACAGAUCAGAGAUACAGCCGGACAGAAAGGAACAGGAAAAUGGACGGCCAUAUCUGCCCUAGAGUUUGGUGUUCCUGUGUCUCUUAUAGGUGAGGCUGUGUUUGCUCGAUGUCUGUCUGCCCUGCAAAAGGAGAGGAUUGAAGCCAGUAAACACAUCAAGGGACCAGAGAAAACCAGAUACGAAGGUGACAAGGUGGCAUUUCUUAAAGAUCUCAAGCAGGCCCUGUAUGCCUCCAAGAUUGUCUCCUACGCUCAGGGGUUCAUGUUGAUGCGUGAGGCAGGAUCCGAGCUGAAUUGGGACCUUAACUUUGGUGGCAUUGCAUUGAUGUGGCGAGGAGGAUGCAUCAUCCGCAGUCAUUUCCUUGGUGAUAUAAAGAGUGCCUUUGACAAAAACCCUAAGCUGAGCAAUCUCCUCUUGGAUGACUUCUUCAAAACAGCAAUAGAGAAUUGUCAGGCCGCGUGGCGGAGGGUUGUGUCCACCGCCGUCCUGCUUGGAAUUCCGACACCUGCCUUUAGUACAGCACUUGCUUUCUUUGAUGGCUACCGGUCAGCGAGACUGCCCGCCAACCUCCUACAGGCACAGAGGGACUACUUCGGAGCUCACACCUAUGAACUUCUGGCUUCUCCUGGUAAAUUCAUCCACACAAACUGGACUGGACACGGAGGCAACGUGUCUUCCAGUACUUAUGAUGCGUAAAGAUGAUUGACAACGUUAUUCACCUGUCAUUUCUGAAGUGCUAUAAGGAAUUGUGGACGUGUGUGUCGUAGUUUUAUAGUUUAGUCUGGGUCAGGUUGUUCGGAACUUUACAUCUAAGCUGAAGUUUUCAAUUUAUUUUUUAAAAAUCUUUAAGCAUUCGGAGAAAUAUCAAUCAUUUUACAAUUUUGUAUGUUUGGUCUUCAGACAAACAUUUAAGUUUAUAAUUUAAACUAUUUUUAUAAAUAUUAUCGAUUUACUUUAAGGUUACAUGCCACAGUAACCUUUUAUAAUCUCCUUAACAAAAGAGUUCAAACAUUCAGAAAGAGAUUUUAAACCAAUAUCUUUGUGUUUGACUACAUUUGGACUAAGAUAAUUAAUUGGUAAUUAAAACACAUUAAAGGUGCAAAAUAAUACCUGUUAGCAAAAAUUUUCCAAGGGAAGUAAUUUUGAAUUAGUAGUGUUUUCAAGGGAGAGUAGCAUAUAUCCUGGAGUACAUGUAGUUGCUGAGAUAAGAAUUGUUAACAAAGGGAGAUAACUCAUGAAACAGAUUUCUUUGUGGUCAUUGUAUUGUAAUAUAUAUAGUUGUUGUUUUGUGGAAAAGAUAAGUACAGAAAAAUGUCGGGUAGUCUUCAUUAGUGACAUUUAACAACUGAAUUAUAUACAAUGUAAACCUAUAUAUUCGGAUCUUCUUACUAAUGCUUGUUAGAAGUAACCAUAUCAUUGUAGCAUUGUACAAAUGGGAUCAUCAAAUUUAAAGAUACAAAAAAAAAUACACAAAAAAAUGAAAAAUAUUAACUAAAACCAACAGAUGUCAUUGAAAUUGGGUCGAGAUGGACUGCCGUUUUCAUAAACUUGGCAAGACAAUCGAUGACGUCCAGUUCUAGACAGGUAUACAGAACAGAGCCAAGAUAUGAAAAUUUCAUUAUGUAUUGUUAUUGUGACUGCAACAAUAUAGCAUAUAGGUGGAUACAGAUCAAGCAUGCCCUGUUAAUUGUACUGAAUACAUAUCAAACUUCACGUGUGUUGAUGACCACCGCAGACAAAAUGCAUUGAUCAAUUUAUUUACCACAGAAGCUGUUCCGAGGUUAAUGUUUGUUAAUGCAUAUUCAAGUUGAUUUUAAAUUUAACUUCUGAAUAAGCAAUAAGUAUUUAUCAGAAUGAGGCUUUUUGGUGAAUUGUUACAUGAAAUAUAUAAUUGAUUUUAACGUGUGAAGGAGAAUUUCUGUUUCGUUAAUCUAAAUGAAGUGUCUUUUCAUUAUCCAUUGUUUUGCUUUCGUUUCAGUUUUCAUUGAAAUUAAAUAUUCAAAUUUUGUUAAUUUGUUUUGUUCAAUUAUGUACUUUUGGUUCCAAACAUAUUCUCAAAUUAGUGGAAACAAUCAUGUUAAUUUUGCUUGAAAUCCAUCUAGGAAGUUCUGUUUCAAAAAAUUCCUAAAUAUAUUUACCGAAGUUAUAUAAUUUUUGUUACACAUUUAAAUUAUAGUGCUACAUCUGUUAAAUUAAUGGUAAUAUAUAUAUUUAUCAAAAUCAUUGACAACGUUUAUGAUGAUGAUUUCUCCACAAAAUGAAUCUGUGAUCUUUAAAAAAAUAUCUGUUUAUGAUAAUUGUUAAAGUAUUCCUAGUUUGUUGAGAUUUUGGUAUCGUAGAUACAUUAUUUAUAAGAAAAUCAAUACUAUGUAAUAUUUCCUUGAAUCUUUGUGUUCGUGUGAGUGAUAAAUCAUAUCCAGAUGUCAACAGUGUGGUAUUAUUCAGUGUCCUAUUUAUCUUUUGAUAAAAAAUAAUGGGUCCUUCAUUUUCAACAAUCACAAAUUUUGCCAUACCCUGACCGCCAAUUUGACUUGAAUGUUAUUACCUGCAUGUUCACAAUGUGUAAUUUAUAAAACCAGUAUUAAAAAUUGGUUCAUAGUAUUUCAUUUUGCCAAAAUCAUGAAUUUAUAACACACUGAAUAGCCUUGAAUAUAUAGCAGUGUCAUUUUCAUGUUAAGGUAGAGAGUCCCUGCACUGUUUUGUAUCUCCAACAAAGAAGAGUUCCAAUUUGAUAAAUUGGGUUUUUUUUCCAGUUAGUUGCCAAUUUACUAUAAAAGUAAAGGGUUAUAACAAAGAAAUAUGGUUUUAAUAUUAUGGUUUUAAUAUUAUGAAUAUUUCCCUGUUUCACAAAAGCAUUUCCAUCAAGGGAAUUUGAUCCCUGAACUGAAAGUCUUCAUUAUAAGCAGGAAUGUUAUCCUCUGCACUAUGGGUCGUAGCAUUUGUUAAUUUGUGCUCCUAAAUAAUGAUGUACGUUAUGGGAAUAAUUCCAAAACACUUUUAACUCUUUAAACAGGGCCACAGCCUAUGUUUGUGGUAAUUUAGAGAUUUAACACAAAGUAUAUUGUAAAUGACUGACGUAUACUUACCUCAUUAUGAAAUAUUUUACAAAGUUUUAAAAUCGGGAUUUCAAGAUUGGUUGGUAUGUUCAGUGGUUCUUCACUCUAAAUAUUUGCAGUCUUCUUAAAUUUGAAUAUUAUUUUUACUGUGAAAAUAACAUGCACAUAAAUUACCAUGUGUACAAUAUUUGAUAAUAGAAUCAAAUUCUUUGUUUCGGGUUUGAAUUCUCAAUAAUCAAUUUUACAUUUGUAAUACCAUUACAUUAUCAGUGCAAUAUGAUUCCAAACUUAAUUGAUAACUACCAUUAUAGAAAAGCGAUUGAAAAUGACCAAAAAAAAUAUGAAUAAAUCAGACUUAAAAAUUGUUAGAACUUCUUAUAUUCAUUUCUGAUAUCAAUUAAUAUUUGAUAUUAUAAAAAAAGUAUGGAUCUUAGAGACAUAUGUUUGCAUCAUAAUCAGAUGUUUUUUUUGUUAAGUUUGAUGUUCGAACCACCUGUUCAUAAUACAAUGUAUUGGACCUGUUUUGUUUCAGUAGAAGCAGUACUUUGCUCUCUUACAGAGAUGUAAAUGUGAAUCAUGUUUUUAAUAUUAAUUGCUUUGUCAUUGUAAAAAACUAUGAAAUGUGCUCACAAAAUGUUGAGCCACGAAAAACAAUUUAUACAAAUAUGCAUAUUAAUAUAUAUUCAUGUACAUGAACAAAAUGCAUUUCCUAACUUUAUAUACAUUUGUAACACAGAAUAUUUUUUCCUGUAAGGAACACAUACAUUUGUGAACUGUAGAAUAUCUGCAUUAAAUGUGAAUGAUGAUCUUCUUUCUAAAUCUAUGAUUAAAGCUGCUCUUUGUAA